UCCUGGAAAUGUGACUGGAGUCUCUUGGUUCAGCAUUUAAAAACAUACUUGGGGUUGGAGCUGAUAUAGUGAAAAUUGUUUUGGUUCUCAUGGAGGUUUCCUUUUUGUCCUGCUGUCCCUUCCCCUGCAGCAGGUGCCCCUGAGAGGCAGAAGGUUGUCUUUCACCCUAAGAAACCAAAGAAUUGGUGGGAUGGAUGAUCCAGAUUGUUCAACCAGUUCAGUGGUGGAGGGGCUGAGGAAGAGGAUCCUAAAUGUUCCUGUGUGCCAUAGGGAUUGUGUUUGGAAUGCCUAAUCCUGACACCCCUUCACCUUUUGUAAUGAAACAAUCUUUAUUGCAGCCAGAAGAGGAGCCGAAAGAGGAAGCAGCACCAGCCAAGCCUGUGGUGGGAAUUAUUUAUCCUCCUCCAGAGGUCAGAAAUAUUGUGGACAAGACUGCCAGCUUUGUAGCCAGAAAUGGUCCAGAGUUUGAAGCCCGAAUUCGUCAGAAUGAAAUAAAUAACCCCAAGUUCAACUUCUUGAACCCCAACGACCCUUACCAUGCCUACUACCGGCACAAGGUCAGUGAGUUCAAGGAAGGCAAAGCCCAGGAGCCCUCAGCUGCCAUCCCCAAGGUCAUGCAGCAGCAGCAGAGUGCUCAGCAGCAGCUCCCACAGAAGGUGCAGGCCCAGGUGAUCCAGGAGACGGUGGUUCCGAAGGAGCCCCCGCCCGAGUUCGAGUUCAUCGCGGACCCUCCGUCAAUCUCGGCCUUCGACCUGGACGUGGUGAAGCUCACGGCGCAGUUUGUGGCCCGCAAUGGGAGGCAGUUCCUCACCCAGCUCAUGCAGAAGGAGCAGAGGAAUUACCAGUUCGAUUUCCUUCGCCCCCAGCACAGCCUGUUCAACUAUUUCACCAAGCUGGUGGAGCAGUACACAAAGAUCUUGAUCCCACCGAAGGGUUUACUCCUCAAGCUCAAGAAGGAGGCCGAAAAUCCCAAGGAAGUUCUGGAUCAGGUCUAUUACAGAGUGGAGUGGGCCAAGUUCCAGGAGCGAGAGAGGAAGAAAGAAGAGGAGGAGAAGGAAAAGGAGCGUGUUGCUUAUGCCCAGAUUGACUGGCACGACUUUGUGGUUGUGGAAACAGUUGACUUCCAGCCCAACGAGCAAGGGAAUUUCCCUCCUCCCACCACUCCAGAAGAGCUGGGAGCUCGAAUUCUGAUCCAGGAGCGUUAUGAGAAGUUUGGGGAGAGUGAGGAGGUGGAGAUGGAGGUGGAAUCAGAUGAGGAAGAUGAAAAGCAAGAGAAAACAGAUGAGCCUCCAGCCCAGCUGGAUCAGGACACACAAGUGCAGGAUAUGGAUGAGGGGUCAGAUGAUGAAGAUGAAGGUCAGAAGGUUCCUCCUCCUCCAGAAACCCCGAUGCCACCCCCACUCCCUCCCACACCAGAUCAGGUUAUUGUGCGGAAAGAUUACGAUCCCAAAGCCUCAAAACCGUUACCACCUGCCCCGGCUCCAGACGAGUACCUGGUGUCUCCCAUCACUGGAGAAAAGAUUCCUGCCAGCAAAAUGCAGGAACACAUGAGGAUUGGGCUCCUGGAUCCACGGUGGCUGGAGCAGCGGGAUCGAUCCAUCCGGGAGAAGCAGAGCGAUGACGAGGUCUAUGCCCCAGGUUUGGAUAUUGAGAGCAGUCUGAAGCAGCUGGCAGAGCGUCGUACUGAUAUCUUUGGUGUAGAAGAGACUGCCAUUGGUAAAAAGAUUGGUGAAGAAGAGAUCCAGAAACCAGAGGAAAAGGUGACCUGGGAUGGCCACUCGGGCAGUAUGGCCCGCACACAGCAGGCUGCUCAGGCCAAUAUCACUCUGCAAGAGCAAAUUGAAGCCAUCCACAAGGCCAAGGGACUGGUGCCAGAGGAUGACAGCAAGGAGAAGAUCGGGCCCAGCAAACCCAAUGAGAUACCCCAGCCACCCCCUCCUUCCUCAGCCUCCAACCCCCCUGCCAGUGCCCAGCCCAUCACAUCUGUACCUCGUCCACCCACCAUGCCUCCUCCCGUCCGUGCUGCUGUGGUUUCUGCAGUUCCAGUCAUGCCUCGUCCCCCCAUGACUUCUGUGGUCCGGCUGCCCCCAGGAUCUGUCAUAGCCACCCCCAUGCCUCCCAUAAUCCACACCCCACGGAUCAACGUGGUGCCCAUGCCCCCCUCUGCUCCCCCCAUCAUGAGCCCCCGCCCGCCCCCCAUGAUAGUCCCCACAGCCUUUGUCCCUGCUCCUCCCGUGGCUCCGGUCCCAUCUCCGGCACCGAUGCCUCCUGUUCACCCCCCACCACCCAUGGAGGAUGAGCCAGUCUCCAAGAAACUGAAGAGUGAGGACAGCCUGAUUCCAGAGGAGGAAUUUCUGCGCAGGAACAAGGGCCCGGUCACGGUCAAAGUCCAGGUUCCCAACAUGCAGGACAAGACGGAAUGGAAGCUGAAUGGCCAAGUGCUGGUGUUCACCCUGCCCCUCUCAGACCAGGUGUCUGUUAUAAAGGUUAAGAUCCACGAGGCCACAGGGAUGCCAGCUGGGAAGCAGAAGCUGCAGUAUGAGGGCAUCUUCAUCAAGGAUUCCAACUCGCUGGCUUAUUAUAACAUGACGAGUGGCUCUCUGAUUCACCUGGCACUCAAAGAGAGAGGAGGCAGGAAGAAAUAGGAGACAUGGAGCCCUGAGAUGUAAAGUGUCUGUGUUGUGACCCCCAACCCUCCCAAUCCUGUUUCCAUUCUGGCCUUUUUGGGGCUGCAUCCACUGCCCUCCAGCAGUAGUUUGAACAGAGGGACUCUGACCCCCACUGAUGAGAGAGGAGAAGCUGAUGUACCCCUGAAAUAUGUCAGUGUAAUGAAUAGUCUGUAGUGAUUAAUGCUUUGCUUGAGUGCAGGCUCUCCCUUGAAUCCCCUUGGGAAAAGACACCAUCAAGGUCAUGCCCAGCUUAGUUUAGAUCCAUCUUUGAGGGAUUUAUGGUGGCCAGGAGCAUCAUCUAUCUGUCUGCCCUCAGCACUCACUGCUUCAUUUAACCUCCUGCUAAUUGAAAACUUCUUCACACACUUAUUAACCCCCUUGUUCUUGUUCUUUCCCUGUCUUGGUUUUUGUACUGACCCUGACUUGAAGGUUUUUCCUCCCUUGGUAUGGGCUUGUGUUGCUGUUCCUGUGAUAAAGGAGGUCUGGGUCUGCUCUGGACAGGCUAUGAUUUAUUUUAGUGAUUUGUUUUAAUAAACAUGCAGCUCUCUUUCCUUGGA